AUGAAAUCUUACACCAUUGUCAUCAAGUUGGGCACGUCGUCGCUCGUCGACGAGGUCACGCUAGAGCCUCGCAUCGCCAACAUGUCUAAUAUCGUGGAAACUGUGGUCAAACUCCGCAGGGCUGGCCAUCGUAUCGUAAUUGUGUCUUCUGGAGCCAUUGCUUUCGGAUUGAAGAGAACAGGUAUGACCGAGAAACCCAAGGUCUUGGCUGCGGUCCAGGCACUAGCGUCCAUUGGACAAGGCCGCUUGAUUGGUCUCUUUGAUGACUUAUUCCGCCAAAUGAACCAGACCAUAGCGCAAGUUUUGCUCACCAGAAACGAUAUCAUUGAUUUCACCCAAUACAAAAACGCUACCAACACGCUCAACCAGCUCUUGGAGAUGGGGGUGAUUCCUAUCGUCAAUGAGAACGAUACCUUGUCGGUGGCUGAGAUCAAAUUCGGCGACAACGAUACUCUUUCGGCCAUAACGGCUGGAAUGAUCCAUGCAGAUUAUUUGUUCUUGAUGACAGACGUUGAAUGUCUCUACACUGACAACCCACGCACGAAUCCGAAUGCGCAGCCAAUUCUUUUGGUGGAUAAAAUCGACGAUUUGGCCGUGAAGACAGAUACUGAAGACGCUGGUGCAGGUAGCAAGGUCGGAACUGGAGGAAUGACAACUAAAUUAAUCGCUGCCGAGUUGGCUACCAACGUGGGAGUCACCACCAUUAUCGCAUUGUCGUCGAAGCCUCAAUCCAUCUUGAAUAUCGUAGCUAAUGUCAUACAGGCGGACGAAAACUGGACUUUGGAAGAACAGGAACAAUUCAUUCGCCAGGAGAUCCAGGCUCAGCAUAUCCCACUCCAUACACGUUUCUUGGGUCUUCCAAGAGAUACACAGAUCCGCUCAGACCGCCGUUUCUGGCUCUUGCACGGUCUCAAGACGAAAGGAACCAUUUAUAUUGAUGCGGGAUGUUUUGAGGCAUUGACCAGAAAAGAUAGAGCUGGGCUUUUACCCGUUGGAAUUGUGGCUGUUCUGGGCCAAUUCCACGAGAGUGAGUGUGUGUCAAUCAAGGUUAUUCCUACGAAACAGAGUCCUUUGGAUGGCGCAGUGGAAGUGGGUCAUUGUAGAGUCAAUUAUAGCAGUAUGGAGAUUGACUUGAUCAAGGGACUUAAGAGCCGCGAUAUCGAGUCUGUGUUGGGUUUUGCAGACUCGGAAUACGUUGCACAUAGAGACAAUUUGGCUUUUCCUCCAAGUUUACCACCAUCAACUGAGUCGUUGUUAUCCACUCCAGAGCCAGUUUCGAGACGAUAA